AUGAUGAUGAAUAAAUGAUAGACGAAAAUCGUGACAUUAACAUUCAUCAUAUAGAUGAUGACAUCAAACGACAACGAAUUCAAUACAAUGGCGACCAAAUCUAUCCAAAUAUUUGGUCAACAAAGUGGUGCAUUAAGGACGAACCCAAACAAUCACAGCUUUCUUCAGAUAUCACGGGAAGUCCCGUCAUUUCAAUAUCAACACCUCCACAUAAUAAUAAUAAUAAUAAUAGUAAUAAUAACAACAACAAUCCAACGAACAAUAGCAACACACCAAAUAAUUCAUCGUCAGUGAAUGGCAACAACAACGGGUCGAGUAACAAUAAUUCAUCAUAUUAUGACACUCAUAAUGUGUUCCCGACAUCGGUAAACAAUAAUAACAAUCAGGACACAAUACUCUACGAUAGCAUCACGACAAUAUCGCAGGCCCAAAAUACGCUCUAUGCGCCAUCAAUUGGAACUGCUAUAGCCAACAAUGGUUCAGUCGUGCCCGGAUCUGAAUACGCAUAUAAUUCUGCACCUUACCAGCAAUACAGCACUGCUUAUAGUUACGGAUACAAUGGAACGUCUGGCAGUCUCCUCAACACAACUUAUUAUUAUAAUAACGAAUUGGGUCAACAUCAAUCACAUUCGCAUCAACAAACAAGCGACUUGCGUUCGCCGCUGGCAGCAACCCGAGCAAAUUCUCUUGCGAGUGCCUCGUCACCGACAGGCAGUGCGUGCAUAAAAACCGAAAUCAGUGCAAAAGAUAUUUUUUUAGUGUAG